AUGUUGAAGAUGAACGUCAGCUUGAUGAUGAUCAUCAGUCUUUCAGUUAUGACCGUCGAGGUUUCCGCUUCCCCACUAAGCCAGGAUACUCAACCGACGACAAGCACCCCUUACACCCCCAGGAACGGCCGACAAGCGGGUGCGAAUCGGAUGGUCAGACGCAUGGUUCCCGGGCCUGGCGCAGGUUUCAAUGCGGCGACUGAUCUCGUUGGGAGUGCUCUUGGAGGACCCGGUCCCGGACCGGUUGGUGCUUUUGACGUCGCCCCCCCGCCUCCGAUGGGCGCAGUCAUGGUUCCCGGUGGCCCUCCGGGUCCGAUGAUUGGCGGCAGUGCUGAAGGAGGAGUAGCCGGGAGCGCGGCCAACGCUCAUGCUGACGCUGCCGCCGCCGCCGCCGCUAGAGGCCAAGGCCAGCCCGGUCCCACCACUGGUAACUCGGCAGCAAGUGCAGAGGCCGCUGCUCACGCCAAGGCCAGUGCUCCACGUCCAACAGCUCCGGCCGACUCCAACGGCUCAGAUGAUUUCACCGAAGAAGGCUCCGAUCCCGGCCCUCGCAACUCUGGCCCAAACGCAGACGCGGCUGUUGGCGCCGGGACAAACAGUUCACGUGAAUCAGGCCCAGCCAGCGCAAACGGCCCAGCUAAGUCCGCUGCCAGAGGCUCCGGACGCGGGGACGGCAAGUCGGCCGCAAGCGCAGCCGCCGCUGCUCAUGCCAAGGCAAACACUCAACCCGGCACAGGCCAUUCGGCCGCAAAUGCAGACGCUGCUGCCCGCGCCCAGGCAAACGGUCGACGUCCAGCAGGUUCGGUGGGCGCUCAAGGUUCAGCUAAUGCCGCUGCCGGGGGCUCUGGAUCCAGCGCCGGCGAUUCAGCCGCAAAUUCAGCCGCAUCUGCCCGCGACAAGGCAAACACCCAAGGGAAUGGUCAUGCAGACAGCUCCUCGGCAAGCAAAGCUUCUUCCUCUUCCAACUGGAAACGUCAAUCAUGA